AUGAUUCUUGAAUUAUCUGAGCUGGAAAACCAAACUGUAAUGACAGAGUUUAUUCUCUUGGGACUCUCCAAUGAUCCAAAAAUACAGGAUUUUCUUCUUUUCUUCUUCAUGAUCAUUUUUUUAGUCACUAUCCUGGCUAAUAUGGUAAUUAUAUUGGUGAUCAGGUCUGAACUUCACCUUCACACCCCCAUGUUCUUCUUUCUCAGACAUUUAGCUUUCGUUGACAUUUGUUACUCAUCGGUCACUGUUCCCAAAAUGCUGGCAAACUUUAUCCAGAAGCAAAAAACUAUUUCUUGGGAAGGUUGUAUUGCACAGAUUGCCUUCUUUUUCCAAAUUGCUGGAGCGGAAGUGUUCAUCCUUUCAGCAAUGGGUUAUGACCGAUAUGUGGCUAUAUGUCACCCGCUGCACUACAGCAGAUAUUUGACAAAAGAGGUAUGCAAUAAAAUGGUGGGUGGUGCUUGGCUCCUGGGUUUCUUUCAUUCUAUAGGCAAUGCCCUUCCUUUGCUAAAUCUCAGUUUUUGCAGCAACAAUGUCAUUAAACACUAUACUUGUGACCUUCCUCCACUCUUGGCUUUGUCUUGUACAGAGACUCUCACUAAUUACAUUAUUCUUCUAAUAUUUGUGUUUGCAUUAGGUUUUAGCUCAUUUCUUUUCACCUUGGUCUCUUACAUUCGCAUCAUUUCAACCAUCCUGAAAAUUAAAUCAGCAAAAGGCAGGCAAAAAGCUUUCUCUACAUGUAGCUCCCACCUUAUUGUUGUGGGUUUAUUUUACCUUACAUCUUUUUUUCACUAUAUGAAGCCAAGUUCAGAAUCACUCAUGGAUCUGGACAAAGUGAUCUCUAUUCAAUAUAGCAUUUUAACUCCAAUGUUAAACCCUAUCAUUUACAGUCUGAAAAACAAAGAGAUCAAAUCAGUUCUAUUGAAAAUGUUUGGAAAAUGGAGGACCAUUCAUUAG